CGUGACCCGGCAGAACGACGCCAACAGUGUAAUUUUAAUUAUUUUCGUGAAUAUUUGCAGUGGUAUUGGUAUUUUAAUUUUUAUUAUAAGUAUUUAGUGAAUAAAGUACAAAUAUGGCAGACAAAUACGAUAAAAACGGAUACAACAGCAGCGAUUUCAAAAGAAACUCUGGCCAAGAAGCGUCAGACGAACACUUAGAACAAGAUGGCGAGGAGGGGGCAAAAAUUAAUGAAAAAGCCGGCGAAUACAUUCGGGAACUGUUGAGCGAGAAAAUUAAACUCAACGCUGGAAAGUUUCCAGUGUCGACCAGACUUAUUGACCAGGAAGUAGAAAAAGUACAAACAACAGGCAGGAUACCUGCCAGAGACCUGAAAUAUGUGGAUGUGUACAGGGAGAAACCAGUCAAAGUGGUUGUCAAAGUGCUGGUGCCCAUUAAGGAACAUCCUAAGGUGAACUUCAUAGGCAAAUUGAUGGGCCCCAAGGGCACCACUAUGAAGCAGCUGCAGGAAGAGACCAUGUGCAAGAUGGCAGUGCUGGGCAGGGGAUCCAUAAGGGACAGACAAAAAGAAGAAGAAUUGCGGAAUUCACUGGACCCUAAGCAUGCUCAUCUCACGGACGAGCUCCAUGUAGAGAUUUCAGCAUUAGCGCCACCCGCCGAGGCGCAUGCGAGGAUCGCCUAUGCGCUGGCAGAGGUCAAGAAAUACCUCAUACCAGACCCUUCUGACAUGAUGCGACCUCCGCCGCAUAUGCACCGCGAGAUUAUGGAGAGAGAUUUUGGGACAGCGCGCCGGCCCCUCCUACAAACGCCCUCCCAGGGCCACGCAGCACAUUCGGGCCCCGAAAGUCCGCAAGACACAGGGGCGGAGAGGUGGGCCCUGCUCGAAACGCCCCAGAGAAAGAACGUGGUGUACCGCGCUUGCACCGUCACAAAACGCUCCUACUCCUACCAGAACCCCGUACUUAGUGCAGGUUUUGUUCCAGACGCGCCCCCGCAUGCGCCGCAGCGGCCGCCACGCCCGCCCACCGUUCCCCGCAUGCCGCCACAGGGCAUGCGAGGCAUGCCGGCUAAGACCAAGGUGCUCAGCAUUCUUGACAGGGCACGCUCGGCCAUGGAGACGUCCUACCCGUACGAAGACCCGUACGCGGCGCCCGAACCGCAUGUACGACAGGCACCGCGCGGUCCUCAGCGCGCGCCCGAGCCGGACUACUACAACUACGAGCGCGGCCAGGACCGCUUCUACGAGGAUGAUUCGAGCUAUUACAAGGAGGAGCAGCGCGAGUACAAGGCCUCGGCCCGCGACGUGGGGACCCGCCGCCCGGGCCCCGGGCCCUCGCACGCGCGCCACUACCAGCGCGCCUCGCCCUACCAGCGCGCGCCCAAGUAGUACCCAGACCGUUCGUAUUUUACUAACCAGCCACAGCCCCGAAGAAACGCUCUCAGUAAGUAACCGGUGAGUAAAAAAAUACUCAAAAUAAACCUGACAACUGUAAUCAAACAAAAAAAAAAAUUGGAGACAAAUACCUGCAGCAAAAAGAAGAUUCCAAACUUAUGUAAUUUAAAUAUAGAACGAGUUUAUAGCAUUUAAAACCCAUUGGCACCAUACCAAUAAAAUAUGUACUACAUAAAACGAAAAAUCUGCACCUUUACUUGAAUAAUAAAAUGCAAACAAUUUUUAAAAAUUGUAACUAAUUUUUUUCUCACGAAAGCAAUGAGAGCGAUAAAUUAUAAAUGUAUGCAACUAUGCGAUUUCUAAUAUCUUAUAAUCUUAGAAUGGUAGUAGUUAUUUUAAAGAACAAAAAUUAUUAUGAAAAAAACAUCUGUAAUCUUAAGAUGAGUAACACUAUAAAGUGGAAUUUUAAAAAGUAACUAUUCCUACAUGUUUUAAUUUAGAUAUAAAAACAAAAAUAAACUUAGUUUAUAAUUAAAUAUAGUUCUAAAAUAUGUAAAACUUAACUUGAGAUGGUUUCUUUAUUUAGAAACUUAAAUAAUGUAUGACAAACUUUGUGUGUCUUAGAAAUAAAUAAAAUUAAAAA